GGGCUGGCGGAGCUAGCUGGGAGGCGGCGUCAGGUGUCCAUGCCCUCGGUCCGAACCUCACUAUUCAGGAUCCUCCUCCUCUAUGCUUGACUUUUUGUUCCAGGUGUUUUCUUCCCUGGAGGAAUUGCAAGUUCUCGGUGGAUGGGUGAAGAUCAUAGCCUGACUUCUCUACAUAUAACCCCAGGCAACAUGAGGCUACUCACUGUCAUUCCCUCCUCGACUGUUGAUGCCUCCCAGGAAGAAAUGCAAAGGCCAGCCCCGAAAAUCACAAUUGGUAUUCCGAGAAGGGCCUCUGGACGGACCCAUGCAUCCCUAUGGAUCCCCACAGCUGGCAGCAGCCCUCCCGAGACAUGCUCCCAUCAAACGGAUCGACCACAAGACCAUCACUUCUUGGGUGUCUCCUCAGUUUAAGAAUACAGUAGAAGCCUGGUUGCCAGUGUACCCAAAGCAGCAGCAGAUGCCUUACAAUCUUCGGAAUCUAGCAAAAGGUUCAAGUCGAAAAGUGACCAAGAAUAGAUUUCCACCUCUGUCCUUUGAGAGUUCAGAGUCUUCUUCCAGUGAAGCUACUCUGGACAGUCUCUCAGUUACAAAGUGUCCUAUGCAGCAUCCAAAGGACACUACCCAAAGGCCCUUGGUUCCUGUAUUCAGCCCUCAAAGCUGUGGGGAAUUGUCUCCUCAUGACCUUCAAACUCCAGGUUACAUGUUUAUCCCACCUGAUAUCCAGACCCCAGAACAGUCUCCUGUGAGGAACAGUGGGCAAAUUCCCACAGCCCAUAGGCAGCAUAUGAAAAGGAGUUGCCCCCUCCUUAUGGAUCCUCCAAAGAGCCCAGACCCUGGACCUGUACUGGUUGCAGACACACCAGAGGAGAACUAUGGGCUGAAGGUAACUUGGAGACGAAGAUAUGAACUUCUUACGUACCUCAGGAAGAGGGGAAAAUUGAGCAUGAGCCAGAUUCUUGUGAAGACUUAAGUGGAGCCUUGGAACAUUGGUCUCUCUUUACCAAUAACUUGGAUCCAGGAAGGUAGAAACUUACUUUGCCUCAUGGGAUGGGUUUUGCAAUGCUGCUAAAUCCAAUUUCUGGCCUUUGAAGAGAUCAAAUCAACAGGCUUAAGUAUCAUUUAGGAACCUUGUGGUCCUUCCUAUUGAUAUAAUAGGGUACCAUCAACCCCGGAAUCAUUAUAUGAACAAAAGCAGAAAUUCCUUCACUGUGUGUUUUGGUAUUACCAGUUAUUGGCACAGCAUAUACAAACCAUUCUUUUUAUAUUUUUUCUUCCUGCUAUUUUUCCAGUUUAAAGAUCAUUCACUGCAGUUAGAGGGAAAAUAGUCUACAGUUAUUUUCAACAAAUUGUAAAAUACACACUUAAGGGUAGGAAGAUAACUUUUAGAAAAUGUUUACAAAUAAAUGCACAAAAUGAUAAGUGAAAA